AUGAGUGAGCGACACAUGCACAGCGGAAGUAAAGGGGUUCUACUCGUUAUGGUGCUUGUUGUCAGUUUCUGGGAGAUGACGACACCGACAGAAGGAACUACAGCUGCCCACCACGUGCGGACGGGCACCUGCGAGGUGGUGGCGCUACAUCGCUGCUGCAACAAGAACAAAAUCGAGGAACGGUCGCAAACCGUCAAGUGCUCCUGUUUUCCUGGGCAGGUGGCGGGCACCACCAGGGCCGCGCCGUCGUGUGUAGACGCCUCCAUAGUGGAGCAGAAGUGGUGGUGUCAGAUGCAUCCAUGCCUCGACGGGGAGGAAUGUAAAGUCCUUCCUGAUCUAAAGGGCUGGAGCUGUGCUACAGGGAACAAAAUCAAAACCACCAAGAUUUCUGCCGACAAAGACCAGCUUUGGUAAUGGCCGCUACGUCAAAGCACAGUCCAGGUGAAUCAACAGAUCUGUCCGUCACCACAUGGUCAGAGGAGAAUGGAAUCCCGGAGGUCAGUGGAGGAACUUCCUGUAAAUAGAGACUGCCUUUUCUUCUGGACUUCAUUUAAUCUUCAGGAGAGAAAAACAAACUAAAUAAAAGACACUAAACGCUUUUCCCAGAACUCUUGGACAGAAUCGAGGAGCAGAUCUGAUUCAAAGACUUUCUCGGGUUAGCCUUACUGGACCACAGGUUUUACGCUCCGACUUAACCGCUUGUAGUAAAGUACGAUGGUGAACUUUG